UUUUUGGAUUUGUAUGUGAAAACGUUGCCUUAACUAACUAGAAAUAAAGCUAGAGUUCAGAGAAAUUUUGGCGAAUCAGCAGUCAAGCGGAUAAAUUAUAAGAAAAUUAGGAUAUAUCCAACGUUAUUCAAAUCGAAAAUACAGAUAGAGAUAAUCAGCUCCAACAGCAUGCCCCGUAGAUAUACAACAAAGUUACAGCUGUCGAAGCUAAAUCAAACAAUCGAAUCGCAAAAGUCCCAACAGCGCAGCGAGGCGGCAACUUCAGCCAGCGAUUCGGAGGAGGACGCCGAGGCGCUGGAGGAGGCAUCAUAUGCAGAUGUUUCGCUGGACGAUCAACGCCAGGGCGUACCACUGCGCCAUGUGCUGGAGAAUACAUCACACUUCACACAUCCCGAGCUGAACACGGGUCUGGGCCAGAACGCUGCGCCCGAUCGGCCGUUGAGCGUUUUUCCCAGCUGUGCGUUCACCGUGGCGCUGCCCGUGUAUGUCUCCGGCCAGUCGACGCCCAUUGUGGAGCCGUGCUUUCAGCGCUCGAUCGCACACGUCGAGUGGAUGCGCAAUGUGCACGUCUACAAGGCCAAGUAUCUGAGCCAGACGAGCAAGCAAAAGCAGCGCGAAAAGAAACACGCCAAUCAGAUAUAUAACAUCCAUCUGUACGAUAUGGCGGAGCAGAUAGCCAUGCAGGACAAUACGUACUUUCGCGACAGCUAUGACUACUAUUAUACGGGCGGCAAUCUGAAUCUGUUGUCGUACUCGGCUGCUGGCGUUGAGCCCAAGACGCUGGCCAUGCACGUGUCCGGCGAGCGGCUGCAGAGCUUGAAUCUAUCCCAAGUGGGCGUCGAGGCGGAGCUGUGGCGUCCGCUGCAUAGCGAAACGCUGGCGGGCGUGUCCAGUGAGAUCUUUGAGCUGAUGCCCAUCAGCAGCUUUCGCGUUAAUCAUGGCAAUAUGCUGCUGGCGCGUAUGCUCAACGACAUUGCCAUCUACGAGCUAAAGCAGCUGGACAAGGAGGAGGAGGAGGAGGAGGCGGAGGAGGAGGAGGCGCCCAAGUAUGAGCUGUGCUGUCAGAGUAAAUACAGCAGCCAGGACGGACCGUUCAUAAGCGUGGCGCAGGCCAUAAACAAACCAAAUACGCUGGCCAUUGCUUGCCAGGAUCACAGCGUGCGCUUCAAGGAUAUUGUCACGCAGCAGGACAUCUCGAAGCAUGAGGUGUGCAUACUGAAAGGCAUAGGCAAAUCGAGCACCUGGGCACAGAUGCGCGCCAGCCAGGAGCACUGCUUCCACUAUGCCUGCCAGUCCGCCCUGCUGACCAUAGACCUGCGCUGCGCCAAUGAGGCGAUUAGCCCGUGCUUUGCCAGCAGCGCGUACUCGCCGCACUGCGAGAGCUUCUCCUGCUUGGGGCGCAGCUUGAAUCCCAAUCUUCUGUACGUGGCCAGCAAUCAUAAGCUGCAUUGUCUGGACAUGCGCUGUCUGGGCAGAAAGGUGUCGGAUCGCUCCGUGGUCACGUGGACGCAUCAGAUGAACUACUCGCCCACCUUCAUGGAUGCCAUUGCGCAUAAUGGCAGCGAAUUUGUGGCGCUGAGCAGCGCCUUGACCAGCGAUCAGCGUGUUUGCGAAUUGAAAGGAGUCCUGGCCCAGAGCUGUGCCGAAAUGAGCUCCCCCUCGCUGCCCUAUGAGCCGCCGCAGCUGGAGGAGGCGCUGCUGAAUGCACGAUUGCAGGGCUCACACGUGGACAUCUAUGCUGAUCUUGCGGAGCGCAUCAAAUGCUGCACCACGGGCAUCAAAUUCCACAGACUGGAGAACGCUAUCGAUGGCGCCUUCGCCCAGCUGCUCACUGCGAACAGCGUGGGCGACAUUUACUGCCAGCGGGUGACGCUGCGCGAUGAGCUCGAAAUGCAGCGGGAACAGCGAACGGGCGGGCACACCAACGAGGCAAUACUCUACUAUUCCCAGCUGGUGCGUCAUCACGUGACCAAAAAACUUGGCUGCACGACCGUGCAGCCGAUGAGCGUGCUGCGCGAGAUUAUGAAAUCCGAUGCAGAACGUGAUGUGGAGCAGGAAAAACCGCUGGUCAUCGAAGAUGUGAAUAUAGACUAUGGUUUCCCAGAUUCCGACUCGGAAUCGCUGACGGAAAGUGAAGCUGAGGGCGAGGGGCAACAGCCCACGACUAGCCAAGUGGUCGCCCAGCAGGAGACGCCGCCUGAAGAUACCAAGCCAGCCCAGGAGGUGAAGGCCAAGAAGAAGGCCGUCAAUCGUGGACCCUGGCAAAAGUCGGCCUACAAUCUGAGCCGCUUCACAGAUGUCAUCAGCACGCGCCUGCUCAGCAUCUGGGACAUUGAUGAGUUCGACCUGACACGGGAUGUGCACAUCGAUAUGAUCGACGAGAAGCUAAAGGUGAACAAGAACGAGGAUGCGACCGAAGAGCGCACAGCUGCCUGGUUGCAGCAGAUGCUGCAGCCCGCCCAGCUGACGGCUGAUCGAACGGAAGACGACGAGAAACUGGUGCCGGGCACCAAGCUACCCAAACGCUUUGAGGCAUCCUAUGCCGACUACAAGGAACUGAUAACGGAAACAGUUGAACUCGAUAUCCUGACGAGCACUAAAAUCGAAAGGGACACAUUCGAUGACAGCCUCGUUCCGCCCUCCACAUUGGCGCCGGGCGAAUUCACGAUCAUCGAAAGCUCGCCAAAUGUGAAUCCGACGCCUGCCAAACGCCGCAAGACCAAACACGUCAUGGGCUUCUAAAUGAAGCUUAGCUUAGA